AUGUCCGGAUUCGCACAGAACGAACGUGGUCAGGGUAUGUCCCACGCAUCGGCCCCUUCAAAGCUCUCUGAAGGCAUCCAACGACAACUUCCCAAGAGUGUCGAGGAGGCUCUUCCCGAAUCUAUUCACCCCACGGAGCCUAAGCCUGCACAAUCCUGGAAGUCUACCAAUGUCUCACAUGCCAAAGAUGGCGGUGAGGCCUCGGUCUUACCACAAAAGGUCCAGGAGAUGCUGCCAGAGGGAGUUGAGCGGGCCGUUCCAAACGCAAUUCACGACACUGGUGACUCCAGUGCUGCCAACAAUAAGCAGUAG